CCUCUCCCUCCAUCUUCAUUUUUCACCCACCCUCAACCAAAAAAACCCUCGCCGCUAUUACCGUACACCACAACUUCUGCUUCUUCUUUUCCAUUUUUAUUUUUUUUAAUAAAUUACCAAUAUUUACUGAGGAGGAGCCUAUGGAGGUGUUGACCGGCGACCGGAAUAUACCAGACCCAGCAGCGGCAGCGGCAGCGGCAGCAGAAGAAGAACAAGUCUUCCCGGCGCACAUAUCCCCAUUCUCUGAGACACACCAAGUUGUCUUCGCCAAUCCAACGGCGGCUGCUAUGACUAUGACUAUGACUAUGACGCCGCAGAAGCUCCGUAUCAGGUGCAACGGAAGGUCUCCUGCCGUCGACGCAGCACCAACUCAGCUAGAUCCGCCCCAACUCGGCUCCGCUGACAACGGCCUGUCACCACAUAAUGCUGAUGAGCAUUUUAAAGCACAAGGGGUAGUAGAAUUCGUGAAUUGGAAGCAGAAGAGGAAGAGAACAUCAUCUUGUACUAGUACAAGAAAAAAGAGCAAAAGGCUUGAAAUGCUCGAGCAUUUUCUGGAAAGUCUGGUAAACAAAAUGAUGGAGAAGCAAGAGCAGAUGCAUAAGCAGUUGAUAGAGAUGGUACAAGACAGGGAGAAAGAGAGAAUAGCCAAAGAAGAAGCCUGGAAACAGCACGAGUUGGAGAGAAUCACAAGGGAUGAGGAGGUAAGAGCCCAAGAGACAUCGCGCAGCCUUGCCCUCAUUAACUUUGUACAGAGUUUGUCGGGCAGUGAUGUUCAAGUUCCCCAACCAGCACCACUCGUAGCACAACCAGUGGCAACAGUACAACCUCCUACUUCCAAUCAAUAUCAUCAACGUGUGGAAGAAAAUAAAAAUCUUCACAAAGACACAGCGAUUGCCAAGUGUAUUGCAACACCAACUGAUAAAAGAUGGCUCCAAUUUGAAGUACGGGCACUCAUAGCGCUGCGGACUAGUUUGGAACAUAAGUUUCACACCCCAAUUAAUUCUAGCCAUGGAUCUCUAUGGGAGGAGAUAGCUCUUGGGAUGAACCGUAUGGGCUUUGAUCGCUCAGGAAGGAAGUGUAAAGAAAAAUGGGAAAACAUGAACAAGUACUUCAAAAGGGCAAUCACAAAUGACAAGAAGCGUCCUGCAAAUGCUAAGACUUGUCUGUAUUUUAAUGAAUUGGAGUUGCUCUACAAAAACGGACUUCUAAAUCUGGGCAAUGGCUUUAGUCCCACAAGCAGUCUGGGGAAUGGCUUUAGUUGCACAAGCAACCAGAAGCAGACCAAGAGUGAAAACGAGUCCCAACAGUGCGUGCUCAGCAACGUUGACACUAGUCUUCUAACUUGUGCCACAAUACCAUCGGUGUUAAAUUCAAAUGAAGCUGCCGAAAGAACGAGAGCAGUGGUUUCUCCUGCUCUUUAAUGGCUUAUCAAUGGAUAGCGUUCAGUGUACCUGAUGUUGAUCUCCUGUCCUGUCUGAUUUUCUGAUUGUAAUUUUCGUCCACUUGUGUUAUAUCCCUGUUGAAGCUAGCUUUAAUUGUAUGUUCUUUUUACUUCGUUAUAUCUCACCACUAUUAGCUUUUAAGGAAUUAGGAAAGGAGGCGGGUGAGUGUUGUUGGCAAUCGAGUCAUUGUUCUGUUUGUGAAUGCUUGGAUGUAUUAGUGGCAAUGAAAUCUAAUGAAAGAUCAGGCUCUUUAGAGGUUUA